AUGAAUUUCGAUGCUGGAGGUCCAUCAUAUUUAUCAUCAUCUUCAUCUUCGGAUGAUGAUAACUUUCUGUCCAAUAUUAUUACAGAGAUUGAUGAAACCGAAGAAGUAAUUCGUGAGUACAUCAACAACAACAUGAUCCUCGCUAACAAUUUACGUCAACAAAACUACCAACCGAUCCAUGGUGGCUUGAUACCCGGUCAUGCAGUCAUCAACCACGAUCGAGAAACUGCGCAUCAGAAUUUGUUCAUAGAUUACUUUAUCGAUAAUCCACGUUUCGGAGAAGAUAUGUUUCGUCGUCGAUAUCGAAUGUUAAGAAGUUUGUUCCUUCGUAUUGUGGAUCCAGUGAAAGAUCAUGACUACUACUUCCACAAUGAAGUGAUGGACUUGGUAGAAUGUGACUAUCACCAUUACAGAAAGCAACAACUAUUUUUCGAAGUCUUGAUUGUAUGCAUUAGAAAUGGAAAAAUUGUCCAACGGCAUGGUUUGGGCAAUACGCAUGACGUAAAUGGGUCACCAACUAUUAUCCUUGAAGCUGUAGCAGAUUAUGAUCUUUGGAUAUGUCACGCAUAUUUUGGUAUGCCAGAAACCAAUAAUAAUAUCAGUGUGCUAAAGUCAUCUAAUCUUUUCUCUAAUCUAGCUCAAGGUAUUGAUCCUCCCGCUCACUAUGUUAUUCAAGGAAAAGAGUAUAAUAUGAGUUAUUAUUUAGCUAAUGGUAUAUAUCCAAAAUGGGCUACUAUUGUACAAACAAUCCAACAUCCACAAGGAUCAACAUGUUUUUGGAAAAAAUAUGUAUUACAUGACAUAAUGACAGCAUGCAUUAUUAUGCGCAAUAUGAUAGUCGAUGAUGAACGUGAUCUUUAUGCACCAAUUCAAGAAGUGAGGGAAGCACCAACACCAGAAGUUGAUAUUAUACUUUAUGCACCAAUUCAAGAAGUGAGGGAAGCACCAACACCAGAAGUUGAUAUUAUAGCAGAUGAAACUAUAAGAUUUAAUCAAUUUAUUGCACGUUAUAAACAAAUCAAGGAUAAAGAUGCCCAUAUUAUAUUUCGUAAUGCAUUGAUAGAUCAUCUAUAG